AAUCUAUAGUUAUAGUAAAAUUUACAAAUUUUGCUCGCAUUCCUUGCAUUAAGUCAUUUACGAAUGUGUACGGGUUGUGUGUACGGGUUGUGUGUACGGGUCAAGGUUACAAACAAAGACUGUUGUGGUCACAGCCAUAUUGUAAGAAGACAAGGCGUACGAUUGCGCAUGAUACACCUCUCUUGUCUCCUCCCGACAAACAUCUGGAUUUAAAAAUGUCGCGUGUUUCUGCCUUGUGUGUUUCGGUCAUGACAAUCGAAUCGUGCUGAACGCGCGGAUCAGAUAUUAAAAUAAUAAUAAAUUUCUCUAGUGACAUUUUAUAAAAUAUUGUAUACAAUAUUCUUCGCGAAUCAACGUUUUUCACCAGUACGCAUCAAAUCUCACAUCCGAGUUGUAACCUUCAGAACACGUGUAUCGAAACAUAACUGCCUUUCUGACACGUGUCUGUUAUGUGAUGGAAACUUACACGACGGGAAUGAAGAAAGAACUUCUCAUCCGUUAACGUGCGAAAUAUUUAGAAUUGUCUGGAAAGCUGAAGACACAAUUAAAGUGAGACGAAAAAGAGAAAAAAUUAAAGAAAUUAUUAUCAUCAGUUAUAGCACCGGUAGAUUACCAGUGUAAUCAUUAAAUAUGAGUGAUAAUGUGGAAACUCGUCACACCUGGAUUGAAACGCCAUCUUUCAUAGAAGAACUAAAAGAAAAAUGUGAAAAAAUCUCUCUAAAAAUAAACGUUUUACUUAAGCAAGAGAUAAAUAAAAAUCAUUUUACAUUGCGAGAAAGAAAAAAGCUUAGCGUUGAAGAUGUUAAAGUUGAAUUCGAAAGACAAAUCUAUUUUUUAUCAUCUUGGGAAAAAUGCAAUACGAAAGAUUUUUCGGAAAAAUAUAAAAAAAUACAAAGUAUGUUUACAUCGUAUAAUAAUUCUCGUUUUCCAGAUGUUUUGAAAGAUUUUAGUUAUGCAUCUAUUAAUCAAUCACAUGAGCGCGAUCAAACAAACAACUUUGCAUUAAAUAAAAAUAUAGACAAUUUAGAUAUCACUAAACAACAAAAAGAUGGAGAAUGUUUAAAACAUGUAACAAACAAACUUAAAAAGUUUAAAUUAAAUUCAGGAGAAAACAGCACUACAAUAUACAAUUCUAUGAAUAUGAGAAAAAAGACAAGAAGAGGGAAGAGAACAUUAAGAACAAAGAAAUUUAAAAAUAUGUUGUUCUCAUCGAUAGUAAAUUUUUCAUAUAAAGAAGAAGAUAAGAUAUUUGUCAGUAAAUAUCAGAGUAUAUACAUCCAGUUAUGUAAAAUGGUUUUUGAGUUUAAUUAUAUAUUAAAAGUACACAGUGCUUUAAUAAUAUUAAGUAAAAAAAUUGAAAAGCUAAUAAAACAAUAUACAAAACAAUGCAAUUAUCAAGACUUACGUUACAUAUUCAAUAUUAUUCGGAAUUCUUUCAAAAAUUGCAAAACAGAACUUAAUUCGUACAUAGCUAAUAUACAUGAAAACGAAUAUGUUUGGAAAUUGUGUUUAGACACGUAUAAUCAAACGCUGCAAAACGAAAAAAAAAAACUAUGGAAACUUCAAGUAAAAAAUCAAAGCAAACAUGAGUACUUUUUAAAAUAUAAUUCAUUAAUUGAAAUGAUAAAAGAAUAUUAUCAUAAAUUGACACUACAAAUAAAAGAAUGUGAAUUAAUAAUAAUGGAGUUGGAAGUCAAAAAAAAAGACAUCGUGAUGGAGAUAGCGAUGCUUACCAGUUACAUUUGCAAACUCAAAAUAAGAAAUGAAGAUGUAAAGGAGAAAAUUACUUCGAAUGAUAUAAAUACAUUAAUAAGUCAUCUAACUGCAUGUAAUCUUGUAAAUGAUAUAAGUGCUACAUUGAAGGCAAAACGUAUUCAAAUUCAUCGUACAGUUUAAU